CGUAAGGGGCCCCUGGUCGUGACACAAGGAUGGGAUUUCUGCGGGCGCUGUGGAUCCUGACGUACAAGAACGUGCGGUUCCGGGCGCGGCACUGGCUGUUCACGGUGGGCGAGGUGGCGGUGCCGCUGCUGCUGUUCUACGCGGUGGUCUACGCCAAGAAGUCCUACCCGACGGUCUUCGGGCAGAGCGUGCGCAAGAACGAAACGUUCUUCCCGCCGGUGAGCGAGCAGACCCUCUUCCAGGAGCCCUUCCUGCAAGGCACCCUCCACCUCCUCUACACCCCGCCCACCAACUUCACGACCGAGCUCAUCCAACUCGUCGCCGUCAUCCUCAAAACACGCAGCUAUUCCAAGGUUUCUGUUUCGGUGGUCGGGGUGGCGGACGAGUCGGAGAUGGAGUCGCGGUUCUUCAAGCUGUACCACAACAAGAGCCGAGAGCUGGCGACCAACCCCAACGCCAGCCUCCCCAGCGGCCUGGGCAUCGUGUUCCAGGACCUGCCCUUCGACGGGUGCGAGCCCCUCCACCUCAACUACAAGAUCAGGCCCGCCUCCAACCAGUUCAACACCGAGGAGCUCUUCCAGGAGUCCGAGAUCCCUGCCGAACAAAACUCUCCGUACGUGAGGAACAGUUUUUUGCCCGUCUACUUGGCGCUGAAUUUCGCCUACAUCUAUCAAAAAACUGGCGCCUUCAUGCCAAGAUUUUAUUUGGGACCUCUUCCAUUGCCAUCGUAUCAACACACGGUCAAUACCUAUGAUGUCAUCACUUUCUUCCUCCCUGCUGUUACUAUUGGGAGCUUUUUAAUUUUAAUUCCUCUCUUAAUCAAAAAUAUCGUCCUAGAAAAAGAAACAGGAGGAAAAGAAUUGAUGAGAAUGAUGGGAUAUCGAAACUGGAUGCUAUGGUUCGGUUGGUUGUUGAAUACAUUGACAGUCUGUUGUUUUUCAGCUGCAAUGAUCUCAUUCCUCAUGGUGACGGAUGUUUUCUGCUCAGGACCCAUAUUUCAAAUGCUUGACGGAUCAGUUCUCUUUGUGUUCCUGCUCUUAUACUGUCUGGUCAUCAUUUUCUUUUGCUUUGCUCUGAGUCCCAUUUUCUCAACAUCUGUCAAGGCGAUGUUUUGGGGGAUCAUCGUUUGGACCGUCACAUGUGGAGUCCCAGAGCUCAUGUUCAAAAGAAGUUCGUAUAAAAAUUUAAUUUCUUUCGCUCAUCUUUUCUUACCAAACGCAGUGCUCAUCAAAGGCUGGCAGUCGAUAAUUUAUUUAGAACGAAAAGGCUAUGGCGUCACAUGGGAUACCAUUUUUCUGGAGCCAUCCGAUGGAAAAACAUACUCCUUGAUUACCAUUUUUUACAUCUUUGGUCUACAUUGUUUGGUGUUGUGCAUAGCAGCCUGGUACCUCGACUCUAUUUGUCCUGGUCCAUUUGGAGCCUCCAAAUCUUGGAACUUUUUUUUGAAGUGUUCUUUUUGGCGAACCUCAUCAUUAAAAUCACUGCACAUGGGGCUGCAUGAGACAAAAUAUGGAUGGAACGAAGCCUUUGAGCUACCCUCAAAAAAGUUGCAAGUGGGAUUACAAGUGAGAAACCUUCAGAAGGCAUUUUGCGGAGUCAGUGCGGUAGAAAAUUUAAAUCUGGACUUGUACAAAGAUCAAAUCACUGUCUUGCUAGGUCAUAAUGGUGCUGGAAAAACAACAGUCAUGUCUAUGCUCACAGGCAUGCUUUCUCCAUCCUCAGGAGAGGUCAUUGUGAAUGACAUUGAUAUUUUAAAGAGUCCCUGUCUCUUUCGAGAGAAUCUUGGCUUGUGCCCUCAACAUAAUCUACUUUUUAGUUAUUUGACAGUUCUGGAGCAUCUAAUUUUCUUUGGCAUGAUGAAAAAAUUAUCAAAAAGUGAAGCAACUGUGCAAGGUAUGCAGUUAUUGAAAUUUUUACUGAUGGAGAGCAAAAAGGAUGCAAGGCCGACUCAUCUCUCUGGUGGCAUGAAACGCAAACUUUCUUUAGCAAUAGCGCUGAUGGGCUCUCCGAAGAUUUUGAUGUUAGAUGAGCCUACCUCAGGGAUGGACCCUGAAUCUCGGCGAGAAAUGUGGGAUUUGCUCCUGACCUUACGAGAAAACCGCACUAUUUUAAUCACGACACAUCACUUGGAGGAAGCGGAAGCCCUAGGUGAUCAAAUAGCCAUCAUGUCAAAAGGCAGUGUCAAAUGCUAUGGAAGUCUAAUGUUCCUUAAGAAAAAAUUUGGAGCAUGCUUCUAUCUAAAAGUCAACAGGGAGAAUUUGAACUUUGAUACAAAUGCUUUGACCUCACUCAUACAGCAGUCCAUCUCCAAUGCUAUUUUACACUCUGAAAACAGCUCACAACUAAUUUAUAAGCUACCCAUUGAGUCAAUCGAGCAAUUCCCCGACAUGUUGGCAAAACUGGAACAUAAUCAAGGCUGUACAGGGAUCUCCAAUUUUAGUAUUUCUUCCGCAUCUCUUGAAGAAGUUUUCAUUAAAGUUGGCGAAGAAAACGAAAAUCGGAUCAGCGCUGCUGUGGAGGACUCGAAGAAUUUCUCAAUGCACACAUCUAACGGUCAUUAUAAAAGAGAGAUUGAAUUGAGAAAAAGGAGUCAAUUUUCUUUAUUCAGGCAACACUUUAUGGCUUUCCUUGUCAAAAAAUGGAAAUUUACUCGUCGGAAGUGCCUCUUUUACCUUUUUUUCGGAGCUCUACCAAUUCUCAUGGGUUUUGCAGCUUGUGUUAAUAUGAACGCCUAUAUGUCAGAGCAAAUCAAGCACUUCGAUGCGUUGACUCUACCAUUGAAUGGGAAGGUUUACGGAGGGUUUAUUCAUUAUCGCUCAUAUCUUGACACACCAAACACUGCCAUUAUGUUCAAAAACCUUGUAAAACCACCUCUGACAACUAAGGAGAUACCCACAGAAAAGAAUGUUUUUCGAUAUUUACUGAGCAUUGGUGAAAGCGACAUGAUAAAAUAUUUCAAUGAGCAUGUCGGUGCAGUUGAGUUCAGGGAAAAUAAAACGAUUGUCAUCUUCAAUCAGCACAUGAUUCAUUCUCUGCCUAUUCUCUUAAAUUUGGUGUAUAACUCUGUGUCACAGACCAAGUUAGAGAGGUUUCAGAUAACAACAUCUGUACAACCCAUCUUCAGAACGGAUCCAUUUCAAAAAGCUUUUGAAGAGCAAAAACGGAAGUUGACGUUGUUGUUCAUGUGGGUUGUGGUAUUUGCAUCGUCAAUCAUGACAUUUGCCGGAUGUUUCAUACUGUUUCCUCACACCGAGCGUGUGAAUUUUUCAAAACAGCUUCAGAUGAUGACUGGAGCAUCACCUUUCACAUACUGGCUUUCUUCUUUUAUCAUAGACUACUGUUACACUGCAAGUGUGCUAGCUGUUACUUUGGCCAGUAUUUACCUGUUUGACCAGUACGGAAUUUUGAGCCACUCUCCGGAAUUCGAUCUUUUGGUAGUAGCAGUAUUUUUAUACGGCUUUGUCGCGGUAUUGUUUGCUUAUGUCUGCUCUUACUUUCAAACAAAGUUUGCCACAGCAUUCUUCACCUAUUUUGUCAUCAGUACUGUCCUAGGAAGUAUCUGUGCCUGUGUCAUAUUCAAUUUCCAAGAGCUGGACUAUUAUUUCCGGAAAAAUUCACUCAAGAUGACCAUUGCACACUACAUUCUCCUAUUACUCCCUCACUACUCCAUCUCCAUGAUAUUGUUCAACUAUAUUUUUGUGGCCUGGAACAAUAAAUGUCGCUUUCGGUUGGUUGAGACUGAAGAUCCAUGCAUUGAAAGAGACUACUGGGUUUUUCGAGAUGGUGACGAGAAACAGUACGGAGUGAACGGGGGUUUUGUUGCAGUGGUGCUUGACAUGUUUUUCUACAUACUAAUCAUCAUUUGUCUGGAGAUGAACGUAUUUAAAAAGUUGAACCAUAUUUGGAGCACAUUCAUUUUUGGAUCACGCCUGCCGAACAUUGAGAUUGAUGCAGAAGAUUUUGAUGUUCAUCAGGAGAAAAAAAUCGUUGAAUACUUCCGAAAAAAGAAUGGAUUACACGACUCAGUACUUAUGGUGGACAAUUUACAAAAGAAAUUUUCACGAAACUUCACCGCUGUGCGCGGCGUGAAUUUCAUCGUGAAACCAGGUGAAUGCUUCGGAGUGCUUGGCGUUAAUGGUGCUGGAAAAACAACCACGUUUCGACUGCUUACAGGAGACUUAAUACCUACCCAAGGCGAUUGCGUAGCUCUAGAUACACGAAUGAGCUUAAAUUCCAAAAAGUAUCAAUCUCACAUUGGUUACUGUCCUCAGUUUGAUGCCCUCAACGAAGUUUUAACUGCUGAGGAAAUUCUAACACUCUUCGCCACCUUGCGAGGCAUCAGCCAGUCAGAAAUUGAGAAAGAGGUCAACUUUUGGCUCUCGGAACUCAACUUGGAAUCGCUGAGGUCGCGUAGGUGUGGCUACUUUAGCGGAGGUGUCAAACGUAGGCUGAGCACUGCUGCUGCACUGAUCGGCGAUCCUAAACUGGUCGUUUUGGACGAGCCAACGAGCGGUGUGGAUCCUGUCUCUCGGCGGAAUCUAUGGUCAGCAUUGAUGAAAUGCCGUCGAAAAGGACAGUCGAUAAUUGUGACCUCGCACAGUAUGGACGAGUGCGAAGAGAUCUGUGAUCGGCUUACUAUCAUGGUUUCCGGGAAAAUGAAGUGUAUUGGCAGCAUUCCGCACUUGAAGAAGAAGUUUGGCCAAGGCUACACUGUCAUGAUAAAGCUGAAACUCCCACAUUUUGGCAAAGUCGAAGUGUGUAGGUUGAAAGACGCGAUGGAGAGUUUGUUUGUAUCAAAAAUAGUUCUCAAAGAUGAGCACCUGUGUUUGCUCAACUAUCAUGUGACUGAUCCUAAGGUUCCGUUGUCAGAAUUAUAUUCAAAGUUACUGAGCAUACAAAACAGGUUCUCAGUCGUUGAGGACUUUACCAUUAGUGAGACAACAUUAGAGCAAGUUUUUAUUGCUUUCGCAAAGAACAAAGUGUCCAUCAAAUCGUGAUUUUUUCUAUUAUUAUUAAAGUUAGUAUUUUUUAUA